UGCUGUUUUAAAGCCAAUCUGUAAUGUUGAUCAGUGGACCCAAGCUUUCAAACAACUUGGAAAAUAAUUCAGACAGCACUGUAAAAGAUACUCAGCACCAUCUCAGAGAAAAGCAGGCACUCCAAGACUCCAGAGCACAAAGUAACAGCAACUGCAUGACUUCUUUAAUCGGAAACAAUAUCAUGGACUCGGUGGCCGACAAGAUGAAAGAAAUCAGUUUAUCAGAUGAUUCCGGGAUUGACAGUCCAACUGGAGAUGUGAAUACUGAGAAUUCAAGGGAAGUGAAAACAGAAGCACUGACCAAUACCAUCACUGAAAAUGAGGACGCAUCUGUGAAGGGUUUUGAGGAAGCUACAGUUGAUGCUACUGUAGGAAGGGCCUCCAAGGCUGCAGAUGAUGAAUCAAUCCCAAUUACAGGCGAAGUGCGCUUGGCUCCGGCCGAGCAGUACUGGAGUACGACAAGGGACGAGCCAGUGAAGCUAAAGAUGAGUGAGUCGGGUCUGGGCGCUGAUCCUCCUCUUACCAUCCAUCAGAUGUUCCAGUGGACGGUGGACAAUUUUGGAGAUCACCCAGCCCUCUGCUCAAAGAAGGACGGUGCUUGGGUUACACUGACCUAUAAGCAAUACCAACAGCAGUGCCGAGCUGCAGCCAAGAGCUUUCUCAAGUUGGGGCUGGAGCGCUUUCAUGGUGUUGGUAUCCUGGGAUUCAAUUCUCCUGAGUGGUUCAUUGCAGACAUCGGUUGCAUCAUGGCAGGAGGCCUUGCUGCUGGAAUCUACACCACCAGCUCUCCAGAAGCCUGUCACUACGUGGCUCAUAACUGUGAAGCCAAUGUGUUAGUGGUUGAGAACGACAAACAACUCACAAAAAUCCUCCAGAUUAAAGACCAACUACCACAUCUGAAGGCAAUCGUUCAGUACAAGGGAGAAGUGAAGAACAAGAUGCCAAACAUAUACACGUGGACUGAGUUUAUGAAGGUUGGGGAGGAAGUUUCAGAUGCUCAGCUGGAUGCAGUAAUUAACGGUCAGAAGGCUAAUGAAUGCUGCACCCUUAUCUAUACUUCAGGAACCACAGGAAACCCUAAAGGGGUCAUGCUCAGUCACGACAAUAUCACUUGGAUUACAACCGCAGCAGGAUCUACAAUCAAUCUGAACAAUGGACAGGAAUCUAUAGUGAGUUAUCUGCCCCUCAGUCAUGUGGCUGCCCAAUUAACCGACAUGUGGAUCUGCAUUAGAUAUGCAGGCACCACCUAUUUUGCCCAACCAGAUGCACUGAAGGGUUCUUUGGCCACCACUUUGAGAGAAGUGCGUCCCACAAGCUUCCUGGGUGUUCCACGUGUGUGGGAGAAGAUGCAUGAAGCAAUGAAAGACAUCGGUGCAAAGUCUUCUCUCAUGAAGAAGACAAUUGCAAAUUGGGCCAAGGGUAUAGGACUAAAGGCCAGCUACAACGCAAUGAACAACAAUACCUCAGUGCCCUGGGGCUUCACACUGGCUAAUAAUAUGGUCUUUAAGAGGAUACGUGCUGCUCUUGGGCUGGAUCGCUGCACACACUGCUUGACAGCGGCAGCACCAAUCACUAAGGACACACUGGAAUACUUCAUGAGUCUGAACAUCCCCAUCUAUGAGCUGUAUGGCAUGAGUGAGAGUACAGGUCCUCACACCUUAUCCUGGCCUGAUAACUUCCGCAUUAUGAGCUGUGGUAAGGUAAUGGUUGGCUGCAAAACAAAGUUGGACAAGCCAGAUGCAGAAGGAAUUGGGGAGGUGUGUUUCUGGGGUCGUCAUGUCUUCAUGGGUUACCUGAAUAUGCCUGAUAAAACCAAAGAGGCACUGGACUCAGAAGGCUGGCUGCAUUCAGGAGACCUGGGAAAGCAUGAUCAAAAUGACUUCCUUUACAUUACAGGCAGGAUAAAAGAGCUAAUCAUCACUGCUGGAGGUGAGAACAUCCCACCAGUCCCCAUUGAGGAUGCAGUCAAGGAGGAACUGCCCAUCAUUAGCAAUGCCAUGUUGGUGGGAGACAAAAAGAAAUUCCUCUCCAUGCUUCUCACUCUCAAAUGUAAGGUUGAUGACAAUGGAGACCCCACAGAUGAGCUGACCCCACUGGCUGUCGAGUUCUGCAGGAAACAUGGCGUCACAGCAGGCAAAGUCUCCGAGAUCAUCGACAACAAAGAGCCAGUCAUUUACAAAGUCAUCCAGGAGGGUGUGGACAGGGUCAAUGCCAAGGCCAUAUCCAAUGCUCAGAAGGUCCAGAAGUGGACACUCUUACUGCAUGAUUUCUCGAUAUCUGGAGGCGAGCUUGGUCCUACUAUGAAGCUCAAAAGGCCAGUUGUCUCAGAAAUGUACAAAGAAGAAAUCGACAAGUUUUAUGAAGUAUAACUUCUUCUAGUUGACUAAUUUGAGUUGAGGACAUCAAAAGCUGGAUAAAAAAUCUCAUGCACAUCCAGUUCCUUUUGCAUUGGUAAAUAUUGUAUUGGCCUUUCCUCACUCCACCACAUACACAACUAACAGGAGUGUCUCUCUCAUCUCAACGCAUCCACAUAUGUAGAAGACUUUCUGCUGUAGCUUGGACAUUUGGUACAGACUAACCUCGAUCACAGCUAAACCUAGUACCCGAAAAUUUGCACACCCGUGUUCACUUGCUGUGUCUGUAGCAAUAUUUUUUACUACUUAAAAACUGCCUCAAGCUGCUUUAUUCUUUUCAGAUGGCAUCAGUUGCUAUUUGUUAAACCAUUCAGAUGCAACAAGUUUAGAUUUGCCACAAAGGAAGGAAUAAAAUUGCAUUUAGCAACUAAAUAAUGAUCCCAGUGAGCUUGUUAUCUAUUUUUAGUAAAUUAUUUAUACUUUCCGUACCAUCCAUAUAAUUUAUGGUAAAGAGCUUUGUAAAUGUUAAAUGCCUCACAAUAGAAGUUUAAAAAAUAAGCCCAAGAGUGACUGGUUUUACUCUGGCCACAGUUCAAAUUCCAAAGUGAGCAUCCUUACUGAUAUGUAAUGUUGUAUGUGUGCAUUUUAUGCUAUAUUAUGGUUCAGUUAAUACUAACAGAUGCUAUUGCAUGACCCUGAAGUUAACAUGUUUUCAGUGUACUCAAGAAAUAUGUAUGUAACUUCUAAUAUAUAUGUUUGAACUUUUGUGUGUGUGUGUGUGUGUGUGUGUGUGUGUGUGUGUGUGUGUGUGUGUGUGUGUGUGUGUGUGAACUUUCAAAUG